AUGGGGAAGAAAAUAUCACCAUGCAAUGAAGAGAGCCUCCCAGGCUCUAUCCUCGACUUCGACCCACAAACACAAAGAGUUGCUACUGCUUUCGCUGCCAGAGAUGUCCUUGGCAAUGUGCUGAAUGGUUUAUCUAUGCAAUUUACAAAGCCCUUUUCACUAGGUGAUACAAUAAAGGCUGGGUCCAUAGAAGGUCAAGUGGUGGAUAUGGGACUUACAACCACUUCAUUACUGAAUGCUGAGAAGUUCCCAGUGAUAGUUCCCAAUUCCCUCUUUUCUAGUCAGGUGAUUGUGAACAAGUCACGUGCUCAAUGGCGUGGUGUCGUCACCAGAAUUCCCCUGCAAAUCAAUGAUGAUUUGGAUAAGGUUCCCCAGAUAUCAGAUGAUAUAAAAAGCAUGCUUAGAUCACACCCGAAGGUUUUCUUGGGAAAGGAGGUGCCUUAUUGUUUCCUUUCUCGUCUAGAGAGCUCAUUUGGAGAACAGAUGAGCAAGGAUGAGUUAUUCUCUACAGAAGAAGAUAUCCUUUUGCGGUCGAUCAAGAUAAUUAAGAGGCAUGGCGCCAAGUUGGGCAGCACCUAUGAUGGUCAUUUACACGAGAAGGAGAGGUUGAAAUGUUGUCUUAGGAAUGCCUUGGCUAAGAACCGGAUGGUUGCAUUUUUGCUUGUUGAUAACCCACAGAACCCAUAG